ACGGACGAACUCCGCAACCGCCUCUCCGUCCAGUUCGGUCUCGCUAGUCUUCUCUCAUCCAUAAAUUCCCCUCGGCAUCGACCUCUUUCCCCAAUCCAGUGCUCCCGAUUCCGAUCGAAACCGCCCAGCAAUCGAUCUCAGGCUCUCAAAUCUCCGUCAAGAUGCAAAUCUUUGUGAAGACCCUUACAGGCAAGACCAUCACCCUCGAGGUUGAGUCUUCGGACACGAUCGACAAUGUCAAGGCAAAGAUACAAGACAAGGAAGGGAUUCCGCCGGACCAGCAGCGGCUCAUCUUUGCUGGCAAGCAGCUGGAGGAUGGUCGCACCUUGGCUGAUUAUAACAUCCAGAAGGAGUCAACCCUCCACCUGGUGCUCAGGCUCAGGGGAGGUAUGCAGAUCUUCGUGAAGACCCUCACUGGCAAGACCAUUACCCUUGAGGUUGAGUCUUCUGACACGAUUGACAAUGUCAAGGCGAAGAUCCAAGACAAGGAAGGCAUUCCCCCAGACCAGCAGCGUUUGAUUUUUGCUGGAAAGCAGCUUGAGGAUGGUCGCACCCUUGCAGAUUAUAACAUCCAGAAAGAAUCCACCCUCCACCUUGUUCUUCGUCUCCGUGGUGGCAUGCAGAUCUUUGUCAAGGCCUUGACCGGCAAGACCAUUACCCUGGAGGUUGAGUCUUCUGACACAAUCGACAAUGUGAAGGCCAAGAUCCAGGAUAAGGAGGGCAUCCCGCCGGACCAGCAGCGCCUGAUCUUUGCAGGCAAGCAGCUUGAGGAUGGCCGCACACUUGCUGAUUACAACAUCCAGAAGGAGUCCACCCUCCAUCUGGUGCUUAGGCUCAGGGGUGGCAUGCAGAUCUUUGUAAAGACUCUUACCGGAAAGACCAUCACAUUGGAGGUGGAAUCUUCGGACACCAUUGACAACGUGAAGGCCAAGAUCCAAGACAAGGAGGGCAUCCCCCCGGACCAGCAGCGCCUGGUCUUCGCAGGUAAGCAGCUCGAGGAUGGGCGCACUCUGGCUGAUUAUAACAUCCAAAAGGAGUCAACCCUGCACCUGGUGCUCCGCCUCCGUGGUGGCCAAUGAGUUCGUUGGAAGUCUGGCUUCGUGUGUCUCUUUGGUUAUGUGCGAGUUCUGUCUUUUCUGUUGCUACUGAAAAUCUAGUCCCCCGCCAAUUCGUGUGGAGCAUGUGCUUCUGCCUUAUGGCAGCGUGAUCGACUUACAAAUAAGUAAACCUGAAUCACCUUAUAUUCCUGUCUAAAUGAUCUUAUUAUUCUGUGAUUGUUGA